AUCGUAGUAUGGCCUAUUAACAAGUGAAAAUAGAUGGUAAGUUCUGAUUUGGGAAUAAAUUUUCUUGAGGCUAAUUUAAAAUAGAAAAAGGGUUUUGAUUUGGGAAUUUUAAUAGACAAAGUUGGCAAAUUUUGGAGUUCUAAUGAACGAAACAUUAUCAAUAAUUAAACGAAUAAUAUAGUAUCACAACAGUUAUCUAUAUAUGUGUUUUGAUAUUGUCAAAGCAUGCAUUCUUUAUUUGCAAGCCAUACUUUAUUAAGUCUUUUAUACGGCUUGAAAAACCAUCCAGCCAAUUUGCUUCCUAAUAAUAUAACGUAGCGUUCUAACAUAAAUGUGGGAGAAAAAUCCGUUUAACCAUUACAAACGCCUUCUUUCUUUCUCUGCCUCCCUAGCAAAAUUUAUCGGCGGCACCAACUCCAACACUACCACCACCAUUAGCGCCUCGCCACCUUCCUCACUCCUAGGUGAUAAGAUUUUCGCUUGAAAAAGAAAACAAACAUACACUUCAAUAUUUAUAGUGCUAAUUUUUUCUUUCUUUCUUUCUUUCCUUCUCUGUUCUUCCCUACAUUUUUUGUAUUGAAAUUGUUUUAAACUUAUAUUAUAUGUAUUCUGGUCUGCUCUGGCCAUGGCGGACAUCGUGAAAGAGAUCCUGGCAAGGCCAAUACAAUUAGCAGACCAGCUGGUAAAAUCUACUGAUGAGGUAGAUCAAUCUUUCAAGCAGGAUUGUCAAGAACUUAAAACCAAAACAGAGAAGCUCGCGAUACUUUUACGUCAAGCAGCCCGUGCAAGCAACGACCUCUAUGAACGACCAACAAGACGCAUCAUCGAUGACACAGAGCAAGUCCUUGAUAAAGCACUUACUCUGGUAAUCAAAUGCCGAGCCACUGGGCUCAUGAAACGUAUGUUUACCAUAAUCCCCUCUGGCGCCUUUCGAAAAACAUCAAUGCAGUUGGAGAAUUCAAUAGGAGAUGUUUCUUGGCUUCUGCGUGUUUCUGCUUCCGCGGAUGAUCGCGACGAUGAAUAUUUAGGUCUGCCUCCUAUUGCUGCAAAUGAACCAAUUCUUUGUCUUAUAUGGGAACAAGUUGCUAUACUUUUUACAGGUUCUUUAGAGGAGAGGUCAGAUGCUGCAGCUUCAUUGGUUUCCUUGGCUCGAGAUAAUGAUCGUUAUGGGAAGUUGAUAAUAGAGGAAGGUGGAGUUCCUCCAUUGCUCAAGUUGGCUAAAGAAGGGAAAAUGGAGGGUCAAGAAAAUGCUGCCAGGGCCGUUGGAUUAUUGGGACGAGACCCAGAAAGUGUCGAACAGAUUGUGAAUGCUGGGGUUUGCACUGUGUUUGCGAAAAUUCUUAAAGAAGGUCAUAUGAAAGUUCAAGCUGUUGUGGCUUGGGCUGUAUCUGAAUUGGCUGCAAAUCAUCCCAAAUGCCAAGACCAUUUUUUACAAAACAAUGUAAUUCGGUUUCUUGUUAGUCAUCUUGCUUUUGAGACGAUUCAAGAACAUAGCAAGUAUGCAAUUGCAAGCAAGCAAAACAUGUCAAUUCAUUCCGUUGUGAUGGCUAGUAAUAACCCAAGUCCUAAUGAGAAAAAGGAGAAUGAAGAAGAAACUCCAAAAAUUGCUCAUCCAAUGAACCAUAACACUCCUAGCCAAAUGCAAAAUGUGGUGACCAGCACUUUGGCAAUGAAGAACCAAACUCCUAACACUAUUAUAAAGCAAAAUCAAACACCAAGUCCCCCCAUGAGUCAACCCCAUCAUGCAAACCCUGUAAGGGGAAGCCAAAAUAACGCAAAACAACACCACCACCAUGUUUUAACUGGGACUAGCAUCAAGGGUAGGGAAUUUGAAGACCCAGCUACAAAAGCACAAAUGAAGGCCAUGGCAGCAAGAGCACUUUGGCAACUGUGCAAGGGAAAUGUCACCAUAUGCCAAAAUAUAACAGAGUCACGAGCACUUUUAUGCUUUGCAGUUUUGUUAGAAAAAGGUCCUGAUGAUGUUCAAUCCAAUUCGGCUAUGGCAUUGAUGGAAAUCACAGCAGUAGCUGAGCAAAAUUCUGAUUUGAGACGCUCCGCUUUUAAGCCUACUUCCCCUGCUGCCAAAGCAGUUGUUGAUCAACUACUGAAAGUAACUGAAAAGGCAAACUCAGACCUCCUCAUCCCCUGUGUCAGAGCAAUCGGUAACUUGGCGAGGACCUUUCGAGCAACGGAAACUAGGAUCAUUGGGCCAGUAGUGAAGCUUUUAGAUGAAAGGGAACCUGAAAUUACAGUGGAAGCAGUAAUUGCUCUUAACAAGUUCGCAUGCACAGAAAAUUACCUGUGUGUUAAUCAUUCAAAGGCCAUUAUCAGUGCAGGAGGUGCCAAGCACCUAGUUCAACUAGUUUACUUUGGAGAGCAAAUGGUUCAAAUUCCUUCAUUAAUCCUGGUAUGCUACAUUGCAUUGAAUUGCCCUGACAGCGAUGUUCUUGCAAAUGAAGAGGUGCUUAAUGUACUAGAGUGGUCAUCAAAGUAUGCACAUUUGGUGCAAGAACCCACAAUUCAAUCUCUAUUACCAGAUGCAAAGAGUAGAUUGGAACUCUAUCAGUCCAGAGGUUCAAGAGGAUUCCAUUAAUUCUUUAACAUCGUACAACAAGAUAACUUAAAAAAAAAAAAUCUGGUUUUUUGUUUUCUUAUUGAGUGUACAUAAUGUAGCUCUUUUUUUGUUUUGGUUAUGAUCAUCAAAUGUUCAGGAGAUUCCCCAAGUGCCUUGUAGAGUGCAAAUUAACUUUAUUCUUCUUGAUCUCCUCCAUUUUCUAAAUUAAUUGUUAGCCAAACUUCUAAUAUUUUCU